UGCUCCGGCCCCUUGCCCCCAGCGGGACCCCGGCCCCCAGCCCCAGAGCCCACUGAGGAUGGGUGACACACAAUGGGGUGCUGCACAAUGGCAGAGUACUCCCAGGGGUGACCCCGCAUGCAGAAGUGUUUGCACAGAGCAGGGAACAGGGCCGGACUUUGGCCCCCAGCCCCAGCACCGUCUAUGUGGGGGCAUCCCUGGAGGUGCCGGGUUCCAGCAGGUUUGCUCCUGCCACUGUUUGCUGGGUUGCUUCAGAGCAAAUAUUUCAAAGCCCGGGGUCAGCAGUCAGGCAGGAGGAGCUCUGCAGCAGCCCGUGCAUUGCUGCCAUGGGCACUCUUCUGCUCAGAGCAGGGGGACAAGACCUGCACCGAGAGCACUGGUAUACUUCUUGGGGGAAAACUGGUAAAAGAGAUACACAAAACCACUGAGCCUUUGGCAUUCUGUAGGGAAGUAGCUGCUCACAAUUUGCAAUUAGUCAGCCCACAUCCCAGGACCACACUCCGGCCCAGGCACUCCCUGCUCUGCUCCCCCAUUCCCCUCACAACAGACCCCUCAUCCCGGGCACAAGGAAUUCGCUCCAUGAUACAAAGGUCAGGUGGGAGCGAAGGUCAGCUCCAUCCUGAGGAGCCCACAGAGCAAACAGCGAGGGCCCGUUAUCACUGGCACAACAACAACUUAUCCGCCCGCUGGGAGAUGCUGGGGAGGGCUCAGUGCAGCCCUGGGGGUUAAGGUCAGGCCGGAUGGCCACAGUCCGGCUGGCGCAGGGCACGUGCAGCGGUCAGGUGAUGGGCACUCACGUCAUCCCCCAGGCACGCCGCUGAACCUCCACGUUGUAUUUACAUGGAGUGAGGUCCAAAAAACCUACCCAGGUGGAUGCGCUUAUCGCCGAGCUCUUCUGCUGCCCGCAGAUGGGUAUAUAAAGUGAACCCGUGCCUGGCCGCAGCAAGAGGUGACAGCAGCCAGGUGCAGGGCAGAGGUGCAGCCUCGCUGUGCUCCCUGCGCUGGGGGCACCCGGCCUCUGGCAGAACGCGUCCGACCUCGCUGGGCAGCCCCACUCGGGAGCAGCGCUACUCCUGGCCCCAGAAGUGAGGUAAAAUCGGGGAGCGAAAUGCAGGGACGGAUGGCUCGUGGGACAGAGAGCUGCACUGCAGCACGAACUAACGCUCCCCUUCUCUCUUCCUCCUGCAGCAGAUCAUGUCGCUGAAGGCUGCGCUUCUGCUCACCCUCCUGGCCACUCUGCCAGUGUCACCAGCCGAGCUGGCACGCAGUGGCUUCUGGGAGUACCUCAGCCAGCUGACCAGUGACAAGGACAGCCUGGAGCAGGCGCAGGGCAGCAAGCUGGGCAGGGAGUUCACAAACCUGAAGGAAAGCUUCCAGGAUGGGGUCAGCACCGUGGGGAACUUCCUUGAGAAGCUGGCGCCUCUCAACAGAGGCAUCCAGCCACGGCUCUACCACGACUCUGACAGCCUGCGGAAGCUCAUCAGGAAGGAGCUGGAGAGCCUGAGAGUGAAACUGUCCCCUUAUGUGGACGAUGUGCACCACAGAGUCGGCAAGCACCUGGAAGACCUCCGCUACCAGCUGCAGCCCUUCACCGAGGAGCUGCUGGACCAGGUGUCCCUGCGCGCGCGGGAGCUGCAGCGGCACUUGACGCCCAGCCGCGACGUGGCGGCUCAGCUGCUGGACGGCGUGGACGAAGUGCAGCGCUUCAUGGCUCACUACGCCGACAAGAUCGCCUUCCACACGGACCAGGUGAAGGACAUCUUCCAGCCGUACGCCGACAGGCUGGUGAGCGAGAUCCAGCGCUCAGUGGAGGAGCUGCACAGGAACGUGGUCCCGCACAGCCCCGCCAGCCCGGAGCAGCUCAACCAGCACAUCCGAGAGCUGUCCGCCAAGCUGACGCAGAACGCGCGGGACCUGCACCGCAACAUCCAGCGCAACCUGGAGCAGCUGAAGGCCAAGCUGAGCCUUCGCCCCAGCGGCCCCGGGGAGCGCUACGCCGAGGAGAUGGCCCGUGAGGUGCAGCGGCGCAUCGAGGAGUUCCGCAGGGACACCUAUCUCCAGAUCCAGGACUUCACGCGGGCCGUGCACCAGGAGACGGAGGACAUGAGGCUGAAGCUGUCCUCCCGGCCCCAUCACUCGGAGGAGGCCGCGGGCAGCCCGGCCCCGCUGGAGGACCUGCGGGCCAGCCUGGACGCGCUGUGGCGGGAUCUGUCGCGCAGCCUGAGCGAGCGCGGCGGGGACGCGCCCUGACGGCCGGGCACGGGGUGGGGGGAG